UUUUUACACAGUCUUAUCCUUUUCAAGGUGUCGCUCAGUUCUACGUUGGUAGUAUUAGCCAUCAAUUCCAUUAAUAGUGAAAGCAACUUCAAGCAGCACAUAUGGGAUGUCAUGGGUAUCUCUCUGAUUCACUCAUUUAAUUUCCUUGACUUUGCACUUAUGUCGAUGGGCAUUGCAUGUCUGAAUGCAUAUCCGUCAGAUUCCCCCUAUGUGUCACUAUUUUUAUCCUUGUCAAGCCUGACAACCUUGCAUGCAGCUCUGAAUGACUACUCCUACUGUUGUGCCCGUGACGCCCAGCCCAAGUCUUCCGCCCGUUUCCCCAAAAUGCAGAAUCUCUACCUAUCCGAAAACCGUCUUGGCACUUGGUCCGACAUUUGUUGUAUUGGUGGACACUUUCCGCACCUCCAGCACCUCGUACUCCUGCGAAAUCCCUUGAAAAUAGUCCCACCAAUGUUAGAGGAGGAGAGGAAGACACCAUUUGCAAGUCUGGAAGACUUGAAUCUCAUGGAGACAAGCAUUGAUACAUGGGAGAGUGUCGAUGCGCUAACACAUUGGUUUCCGGCGCUAAAGUCUUUGCGGUUGGGAAAAGAUAUACCUCUACUUAAGGUGAGUAAGGGGUUUUUUUUUGUUCAUCCCGCUCGGCUAUUCUCUCUCAUCUUCUUCGGACUUACCUGUCCAUUCUUCCACCAUUUCGGUCCCACCAUUAAAAGCAGUCAGUUCGUAUUUUAUUCUUCCAUGAAAACCACCAGCACGCUUUCAGCUAUCCAACUUCCGAUUUCUGUCAACAUAUAA